AUGGUUCGGCAUGUUUACCUACAUGGCUUUUUGGCUCUGGCCCUCCAGCUGCACUUCGCCAGUUCCCUGCGCCCAAAUGGCCAUGAGGACCCUGGGGAAAAGGCCAGCCUGAGAGCAGAGAACAGAGCCGAAGAGACGGACUUCAAGGAAACUCCGUCAACUACAGCCUCGACGCAGACUGAGGUUGCACAGACCACAACUUCGCAAGCUGAGGACACGACGAACCGGACGUGGCCAUGGCAGAAUGAAGAUUAUCUGCGUGUGGGCCUGGCGAUGUUCACAACUGGGGUCGCCUAUAUAGUGACUUAUCUCUUCAUUGAGUUGUCCGCUUGGAUUGCCACCAGAAAGCUCAAGGAUCCGUUUUUUAGCAUCGCAGAUGCCCCUCUGCGGAGUCUACACGAUAGGCGUGCCUCGAAGAGCGCAGCCCGCAGUACGUGCCUAGGCUGUUGGUCAACCGGCGACACGCAAGUCCCGACGUUUGAAGAAGCCUUGCGGGGAUUGACCCCUAGCCAGCAAGCCUUCUUUGAAAACACCAUGAAGAGAGCACAUGCGCUGCAAGUCAGAGGCAUCCAAGAGCAGCGCCGGAGUGUUGGAUGGAAAUGGGUUGAAUGCAUUUGUGUGGCCCUGACACCAAUCUGCAUCAGUAUAUCGGACAGCUUUGGCAAGCACUUCCAAGAACCGAUCAAGCUGAUAGCAAUCCUAUUUUCGUUAUUCAGCACGCUUUGCCGGCUAUCACCGCAAGGGCGCGGAGAGGCCCUCCUGUUUUACUCAGGACUGCUGCGAAAAGUCUGUUGGUCAUAUUGGUCUGUUUCAGGGGAAUUCGACGACUUCCGCUACGACAGUGACUUUGAUGAACACAGCAAAGAGGUUGCCCAGGAAUUCUGGCAAAAAUUUUCGGCGAAGAAGCGCGAAUGCAAAGAGAAACUCUUGACGAAGACUAUGCGGGCAGGGCAAUCUCAAGCGCAGGCACGAACAGAGGAUCCAGCGGAGCAAUCUCAAAUACAUGCAGGGACAGAGGAUCGAGCAGAUCAAGAGGGAGAGGAUCCGGCAAGUUCUAUGUUUGAGACAGCUUUUGUGGAGUGCUUGCCUGAGUACCUCACAGAGACGGAGAGUACGCGUGCAGCCCUUUUUGAGAAGUUUGUGGAGGAGGUGGUGCAAUGCAUCGAACAGGGGGAAGAUGAGCUGCAGCGAAGCUACGGAUCUCCAGGGUCAGCUCCCAGAGUUAUUCGCAGCAGAGAUGGCGAUGACGACGACAAGCAAGAAGGCAGGAGGAACAGGAAAAAUCAGAAAUUGGCCGAGAAGGCCGAGAAGCACGGAAGCACGAAGGAUUGCAGUAUAUUGGGGUGUAUAUUGAGCCCCCCCCCCUGUUUCUCCAGCCCCAAGCUGAGGAACAGGGAGAAACGGGAGGCGCACAAGAACAGCCAGGACAUUAUUUUGCGAAAAGGUAUGCAGUUGCAUGUUGACUGA